AUGCUAAUACAAAGCGUGGUACUGUGCUUACGAGACUCAUUGCGAAGCAUAUUAUUGUGGUUGCUUGGUCACUCAUCGUCAGCACAUUUUGCUAAGGCUGUGGAAAUUCUCUGCUUACAUUUUGGGCCCUUCAUCGGACGAUGCAUACGGUUCCUGUUUCCGUUUUCCGCCAUCACGAGACUGUUUGGCACAUCAAUCAGUCCUCAAAUCUACGAAUCUUUUACCGAGCUUGACAUGCGCGCUCUGAUUGCCUCAUGCGAUGGAGGGGAACGAAUUGAUGAAAUUCUUCAAAGCCUGUCAUCUCGAGAAAGGUUUCUGGCUCAGGAAGAACUUUUCAUUUCUCAGCAAGAUCAAGGGGUUGUUACACGUGGGAAUGCUUCCACCGCAGCAGAUCAACCAGACGGACAGGAGGUCAAGGCUGCGGAUUUCUCGGACACCUCUAUGUGCUCACCUUCACAGCAGGAUUCGAGCAUCAUUCAUUUCGAUAUAGGCGAUGAUCAAGAUGAGCCUAAGAUGGAAAAUACGGAUCCCGUCUCUGUAAACGAUUCAGGUGAUUUGAAAACUGCAGCUGGCAAUUCUCAGCAAGAUUUAGACACAGCAGACACUCAGCUGACCAUAACUACCGAUGAUGAUCUACCGGCACUCGUGGAGACAGCCCCUAGCCCCUUGUAUAGUGAAACGGAGCUUGUUCCCACUCAAGAGACAGACCAGCAAAGUGACAAACAAAAUACCGAAAGAAGUGUGCACGCUAAAAAGGACUGA